AUGAUUAAGUCUCUGCUUCAUAAGAUGAAUCAGCCGAUUGACUAUGUGGGGCAGGAGAUGGCAUCGAAGCUGAUGUACAUUGUAUUUGCUGUUGGAUAUACAUUGGCGCUUGUAGUGGGGAUAUUUCUUAAUGACCUGAAAUACACAAUAUUGAUUGGUGUAUUGACAGUAGUCAUUGCAAUUGUAGUUGUUGUGCCUCCAUGGAAGAUUUACCGCAGGAAUCCACUGAAGUUUAGUUCGCCUAGUAAAGCCAAAGCAGAGUAA